GCUUCCAUCAAGUCUAACAGGGGAUGCCAUCUCUGUGUUAUUACUUUCACGGUAAUCCUGAGUGUUCUCCUUCUGGCUGGACUCGCCAUUCUCAGCUUCUUCUAUGUUGUGUCAGUCAGAAACUUGUCAGAAAUCUCUGCCAACAAGGACAAUUUGACUGAGCACCUGAAUGCUGUCAUUGAGAGGAUGAAUUCCAGCCUCAUUGAAACAACCAAGAAGCUGAUGGACUUUGAACAGGGAAAGACAGGAUGUCCUGUGGGAUGGAUAUACUUUCGUUCCUCUUGUUACUACUUCUCUGGAGAGUCAGGGUCCUGGGAUAAAGCAAGGAACUUCUGUAAAAACAAAGGAGCAGAUCUGGUGGUGAUGAACAGCCGUGAGGAAAAGAAAUUCAUUUCUGCUUUCAAAAAGAAACCUGUUUGGAUUGGAUUGUCUGACAAAGCCGAGGAGGGAACCUUUAAAUGGGUAGAUGGAAGUCCUCUGACUCUGAAGUUCUGGGGAGGUCGUCAGCCUGAUAAUGGUGGUGGAGAGCACGGAGAGGAAGACUGUGUUCAAUUCGUGUUUGAGUACUCUGGAAUCUGGAAUGAUGCUUCAUGUAAAACUUCAUCGCAGGGGCUCUGUGAAAAAAGAGCAACUUAAUUUGUUUGAAAAUGAUCUUUCAUUCUUUUCGUUAAGUGAAAGAAGAUGGAUGGAUAAAUGGAUUAUUGUUCAUUAAAAUUUUGCCAAGAUUUUUUUAAAAUAAUUUCUUAACCUCUCAGAAUAGUUAAAAGGUACAAGAGCUGCUCUGUCACUCAACCUUACAAAAAAUUGCUUAU